ACAGACCAGAACACCACACAAGUGUCGCCUGACUGGUCAACACUCGACAAUGUUCAUCUUAAGACUUUUGACCGUCCUGGCCGGAGCGCUGUUGGUGACCAAUGCGAAUGUUGUGCGCAGACAGGUAUGCCAUCUUUAUUAAAACAAACCUUACAACGUUAGCCAUCCUGCUGGCUUAAGCUUUUGGUGUAGGGGAAACCAGGUUUGCCAGUGUCUAGAGUCAUGAGCCUAGACUUGGGUAUAGGGGAAACCAGAGUUUCCAGUGCCUAGAGUCAUGAGCCUUGUCUUGGGUGCUAGGUCAACCAGAGUUUUCAGUACCUGGAGUCACGCGAUAAAGAGUGUUUUUUUUAAAGUCUUAGCAAGUAUUACUAAAAGAUGCAAUUUUAAAAUCCUUUAUAUUAACGUUGCUUUUUUGUGGGUGGAGGCUGGCGAAAUGACUCAGUGGGUUGCAACAUCUUCCGGCGGCUUACGUAUAUGAUAAUUCGCGUACAGUUACAUAAAUGAUAAUUCGCGUACAAUUACGUAAAUGAUAAUUCGCGUACAAUUACAUAAAUGAUAAUUCACGUACAAUUACAUAAAUGAUAAUUCGCGUACAGUUACAUAAUGAUAAUUCGCGUACAAUUAAAAAAUGAUAAUUCGCGUACAAUUAAAUAAAUGAUAAUUCGCUUACAAUUAAAUAAAUGAUAAUUCGCGUACAAUUAAAUAAAUGAUAAUUCGCUUACAAUUAAAUAAAUGAUAAUUCGCGUACAAUUACAUAGAUGCAACAAAAAAUGGAAACAAACAUGCAUCUAAAGUAUAUAUACUAGCGAGUUAGUUGUUACGUGUUGCUUUUAUUCGACCAGUUAUCAUGUCGAGCUUGGCAUUCAAACAAAAGAAAACGAAAAAAAUUACCUGAUUUUACCAAACGGAAAGCUCUUACGCGCCACGCAUGACUGUUUGACGCGCAAGUUGGCUGCGAUCCCGUUUAGAGAAUUGACUUGGAAGAACGACUGUUUUUUUUAAAAAUAAUAAAUUAUAAUAAUAAAACCGAAACUUUUCCAUGUUCCUAAUUCACAACUCGGCACACAUGCACUAGUAGGGCUAUAAUUUAUCAAGAUGAUUUUAUCAAACACAGCAAUGAAUCAACAAAGCUAUUCUGACUCGUCAACCUACCAACCACUUCCUCUUUUUCUUUCUUCCUUUCUUUUUUCCAGACGUCUUCGCAAGUAGUCGAGCUAUGCAAUGGUUCUACCAAGUCAUUGAUCAACAUCGGCGCCCAGUCGUACGGCCUUAUCAAGAGCCCCGGUUUCGGCCAGAGGAACUAUCCCAACAACGUUGCCUGUAAGGCGACCCUUCGAACACAGAACCAGCCUCUGAUCAUCAGCCUACAAUACAAGUGAGUGUGCCACGCGUGUUCAAUAGCAGCUGUGCUAAACUUUCUCCCACUUUCUGUUGGAUUAAACCCAUUCUGCCAUUUGGUUUUCUGGCUGCGCAACCAGAUCCUUCACGUGGGCUCCGCAAUCACUGGGGCUGCAGUGGGGCUGCAGUGGGGCCUCGGGUGGUUAGGGAGCCCAAAAUGGUGAUCAAUGGAAAAUCAACUAUCAACUUUGUGUGCAGGAAACGCUAAACCUAAUCGUGGCAGUUGGGUCCUCCAAAAGUUCCGAGACGGCUCUGUGUGCAAGGGAAUGAUAGCUUUACAACAAACACGAAAAAUGGAUAUUUUACUUUAAUUGUAUUCAUCUUAAUUAUAUAUAUAUAUAUAUAUAUAUAAUUAAAAAUGACGACAUUUCGAUGCAAAUUACGCCCGUUCAUCAUACGUCUUAAGAAAGUUGUACAUUAUUAGUCUAGGCAAAGCUGUACAUCAUUAGUCUUAACAAAGCCUUUAAUCAAGGACAAGAGAAAGGUUGAAAUUCAAUUACUCUUCAAAACCUACCAUCACGAUGCUGGAAAAACGAAGAUUAAAUAUUGUGAUCAAAUGGUUGACAAAAGGGUAAAUUUUUAAAAAAUAUUGCAACACCUAUAAAAUGUAUAGCACAGCUAAGACAAGUAACACAUAAACAAUCUAAACACAGCAAACACAAGUCAAACAUUAACAAUCUAAACACAGCAAACACAAGUAAAACAUAAACAAUCUAAACACAGCCAGCACAAGUCAAACAUAAACAAUCUAAACACGUUCUGUGUCUCCCCAGCUAUUUUUCCCUGGAGUACGAGAGUCAGAGCUGCAGCUACGACAGACUGUGCAUCAGCGGAGUCCAGUACUGCGGUGGCUGGUUAUCAAACUACAACUACGAAUACGUCGUGCCCGCUUACUCGACCUUCACCUUGGACUUCAGGACGGACAGCUCUGUGACGGACAGCGGAUUCCAGGUGAUUAGACCGGCUAGAAGUGAAAUCAUUGGAUUACUGCUCACAAGGCCAAUUUAAUGUGUGAAAAUAUAACAGGAAAUUGUGGGAGACAUUUGGCCACCAAAUAUGGGCGUGUCAUGCUUGUAUGCGUUAAAGCUGGGAAAUAUAGGUGUGGGCGUCCCUGAGUGGCGUGCCUAGGGAGGGGGGUUGUAGGGAAGGCUAAUUCGUGUGGGACCCCCACCCCACUUACGCUGUUUUCUUAAUCUCUUAUAUUGUAUUAUAUAAUAAAUCCGUGAAUGGGGAGCAACUGUAGGAGCUCGGCCUCUGAAACAUUUUAUCAAGCUGCAAUAGGUGUCAAGCUGUGCAAUGUCCACUGGUAUACCAAUGUCUUGUCUGCUCAAUGACCAGCCCACUGACCGCUGGGAAUGUUAACUCUAAUUAUUUGUCCCACUUUUAUAGUUUUUAAUUAUUUUUUUCCUUUUAAUUUAAAGGAUUCCCCCCCCCCCCCAAAAAAAAAAAAGUCCAAUUAUUUGUUUACUUCCAUUACCGUCCACAGAUUGCCGCGUCCGCCCGAGCUUACAAUGGUGAAGCCAUCGCUGUCGCUACAGGUGGAGUCGGCACAAACUCCGGCCGAGUGACGUACUCAUCACCAUAUCUGAACACCUACUAUGACGCAUGCGCCCCGUCAUCGAGCGACCCGGCCUACAACAAGGACACGGCCUCGGUCUAUUACAGCUGGCUGGGUCAGGACAACCUGUACAACCUGACGUCCACUCAGAGUUGGUCUGCCUAUUACAACACGACCAAUUAUCCAUACUACAACACUACUUACUAUCCAUACAACACAACAUAUUAUCCAUACUACAACACAACCUAUUAUCCAUAUAACACAACCUAUUAUCCAUACUACAACACAACCUAUUAUCCAUACUACAACACUACCUACUAUCCAUACAAUACAACAUAUUAUCCGUACUACAACACAACCUAUUAUCCAUACUACAACACAACCUAUUAUCCAUAUAACACAACCUAUUAUCCAUACUACAACACAACCUAUUAUCCAUAUAACACAACCUAUUAUCCAUACUACAACACAACCUAUUAUCCAUACUACAACACAACCUAUUAUCCAUACUACAACACAACCUAUUAUCCAUACUACAACACAACCUAUUAUCCAUACAACAACACAACCUAUUAUCCAUAUAACACAACCUAUUAUCCAUACUACAACACUACCUACUAUCCAUACAAUACAACAUAUUAUCCAUACUACAACACAACCUAUUAUCCAUACUACAACACAACCUAUUAUCCAUAUAACACAACCUAUUAUCCAUAUAACACAACCUAUUAUCCAUACUAUAACACAACCUCCUAUCCAUACUACAACACAACCUCCUAUCCAUACUACAACACAACCUCCUAUCCAUACUACAACACAACCUAUUAUCCAUACUACAACACAACCUAUUAUCCAUAUAACACAACCUAUUAUCCAUACUACAACACUACCUACUAUCCAUACAAUACAACAUAUUAUCCAUACUACAACACAACCUAUUAUCCAUACUACAACACAACCUAUUAUCCAUAUAACACAACCUAUUAUCCAUACAACACAACCUAUUAUCCAUACUAUAACACAACCUCCUAUCCAUACUACAACACAACCUCCUAUCCAUACUACAACACAACCUCCUAUCCAUACUACAACACAACCUCCUAUCCAUACUACAACACAACCUAUUUGCCCAGCCCCAAUGCUCCCCAGAACGCAUUUGCCGCAAACGUGGCGACCACCGGUACGGUGAUAGCAGCCACGACCACCACCCGGGCCCCAACCACACGGGCUGCUGUGGUCGCCACCACCAC